AUGUUUCAAUUAAGCGCAUCUUUGAAAGGCCACGACCAAGACGUUAAGGAUAUUGUAGCAAUUGCAAAUGAUAAGUUCGCCACUGUGUCCAGAGAUGGUACCAUGCGCGUUUGGACAUACAAUGGUACUGAGUCCUCUUGGGAUAACAGAAUCAUGUUCCAUUCUACAAAAUUCUUGAAUUCAAUUUGCUUCGAUCCAAUCCAUCAGAUAAUAUACUUUGGUGGCCAAGAAUCUUUGAUCCAUGGUAUAUCCAUGGAAGAUAUCUCUAACACGACCGAUCAUCUUAUUGAACCCGAUUUUACUCUCAUAGGCCAUGAAAGCAAUGUUUGUUCAUUAGAAGUUAACGUUUCAAAUGGUGACGUAAUCAGUGGAAGUUGGGAUAAAACUUCGAAAGUUUGGUCUAAUGCACAAUUGAAAUGUAAUCUUCAAGGCCACAAUGCCUCCGUUUGGAAUGCUAAAUUUAUUGACAACGACUCCUUCAUCACAGUUUCUGCUGACAAGACCAUUAAAUUGUGGCAAAACAACAAACUAUUGAAAACUUUGUCGAAUAUUCAUAGCGAUGUUAUUAGAUACGUCCACGUCCUAGAUAACGACAGAUUUGUUACUUGUUCAAAUGAUGGUUCCGUCAAAAUUUUCAAUAAAGAUGGUAAAAUCAUUAUGACCCUGGAAGGUCACGAAAGUUUUGUUUACCAAAUCAAAUAUAAUCCAAAUACAUAUCAACUUGUAAGUUGCGGAGAAGACAGAUCUGUAAGAAUCUGGGACCUAAAUGAUAACGGGAAUGUCAAACAAGUUUUGAGAUUUCCAGCUAUCUCCAUCUGGUGUGUGGAUUUCUUACCAAAUAACGAUAUUAUUGUCGGAUCAAGUGACAACACUGUAAGAAUAUUUACUACAGAUCACUCUAGAGUGUCAUCUCAGGAAGAACUUAAAGAAUUUGAGCAACAGUUAGAAAGUUCAACUUUAAACCCUCAAGAAAUGGGUUUUGACGAGUCAAAAUUGUCCCCAUACGAGAUCUUGCAAACAAAUAAUGGUAAAGAAGGCAAAAUUGUAGUUGUAAAAGCCCCCUCUGGAGUCAUCGAAGCGCAUCAGUUCUCUAAUGGUAAAUGGAUUAAAGUCGGUGAUGUCGUUGGAUCAACCGCAACUAGUAGCGAUAAGAAAGUUGAAUAUGAAGGUAAAUUAUAUGAUUUCGUAUUUGACGUUGACAUAGAAGAGGGGAAGCCUCCAUUAAAGUUACCAGUAAAUACUAACGAUAAUGUGUAUGAUGUGGCAGAUAAGUUCAUUCUUCGUUAUAAUUUACCUGCUGAAUACAAAGAUCAAAUUGUCAAUUUCAUCAUAAAGAAUACAAGUGGGGUAUCUCUUGACACUAAUAAUGCUGAGAAAAAAGUACCUCCUGCUGCUCCAGCUGUUGAUAUUUCAAAUAUGAAAGUUUUACCUGUUAAGAAAUACUUGUCGAUGAAGAGCUUCACUCCUGAUUCAAUCUUUAAUGGUAUAGUAAAAUUCAAUGCUAAUGAAAAUACAUUCAAUGAUGAUGAUUUAGCCACCAUUGGCGCCGCUUUGAAUGAUCUAGAAAAUAGCUGGGACGUAUUAUAUAAUUAUGCCAUGACAAUUAAGCAAAAAUGGUCUAAUAAAGUGCCUGCCUACGACAUCAUACGACUUAUAGUGGAUAAAUUAUCAAAAUCAGAUGAUAUUCAUGAAUUUAUCGAUGAGGGUCUAGGAACUAGAAACAUAACAACUACCAUGCUAACUAUUCGGAUAUUGGUCAAUUGCUUCAAGAAUAAAAAUUGGGGGAUGGCACUUAUGUCAUCCUCAAAAGUUUACACUUCUAUCUUUGAAACUAUUGAUACAAUAUUUCCUGAAGCUGUGAAACGUCAAUCUCAAAAUUUGGCAAUUUCUGUUGCCACUCUAGCCUUCAACUACAGUGUUUUAAUCUUAUCAGAGAGCCAAUCCAAUAAAUCACUAUUAGACGCCAUUCCUGUUGUUGCCGACGCAAUCAAUAACAAAUUUGGUGUGCUUGAAGAGUACCAAGAAUCAGAAGAAGCCGCAUAUAGAUUACUUGUGGCCUAUGGUAACCUUGCAACUCUAGAGCCAAGUCUCAGACAAUUUUCCAAGUCGAUAUCCUGGUUAGUGAAAAUAAGAAAUCUCUACAGUGGUAAUAAAAGGUUUCACGACCUUUUCGAUGAUUUGAACUAG